AUAAAUACUGUAACAGUGUCAAUACUGUAUUCUCUUGCCUCUUCUAUAACUCUGCUCUUGCCAUUUGCGUUCUCCCCAAGAGAGGAAAAAGAGAGGGCUUUAGAGACGAAAGUGAAAGAGGGUUAAAGCAGUAACAGAUCUCCAUCGCAGUCUACGUUAUGGGCUUUUUGCAACCCGAUCCGUUUCUGAAUGAAUUGACUAGCAUGUUUGAGCGAAAUAGAGAGAAGGGCUCUGUUUGGGUUACUUUCAAACGAUCAUCAAUGAAGUCUAAGGUUCAAACAAAUAAAAUGAUGACUUCGGGAGAAUCCAUUGAAUAUCGAUGCCUCAUCCGUGCUACUGAUGGGAAACAAAAGAUUUCUACAACGGUUGGGGCAAAGGAUCACCAGCGCUUUCAAGCUUCCUAUGCUACUCUUCUCAAGGCUCACAUGGCUGCUCUAAAGAAGAGGGAGAGGAAGGACCGGAAAAAGGCUGCAGAGGGAGAUAAAAAAGAUGGAGCUUCAAAUAAAAAGCCAAAGCCAAAGAGAGUGUGAACAAGUCUCUUGCUACCAACACCCUCUGUAUAAAGUGGGAAAGCUUUUUUUUUUCUUCUUGAUAUUUGCUAUCUAGGAUCUUUUGCUUAAAUGGGGAGAGAUCAUACAGAAUUUCUUUCAGUUUUGAAUUAUUAUGGAGAUACGCGAUACGGGUUUUUGUUCAGGUUGAAUGCUAUCUGAGAAAACAUGCAGACUAUCUGUUUUCAGCCUUUGGCAUAAUGGAUUUUUUGACCCAGAAA